AUGCAUUCUGCUCUCUUCAACAGCCACACAUAUGUGAGACUAGUGCAGAUUAUACUGUGUCUUCUCAGACCAGAGGGUAUUUGGGCCCAACAGAAUGCCAACCAAGACGGAGGACUAGAUCCAGUCGUCCAGGGUGUCCUAAUGGGUCUCGGACUGUUUGUGGCUCUACUCGGUCUCAUUAUAUUCCUAAUAUGCUGUUGUUGUCGAAAUGACGAUAAUUCUACCCGAUCCUUGGCACGGUUAAGCCUUACUCCAAAAGCCGCUGAAGACACUAAAGCAGUUGGAGCUUAUGUUGGUCCAGCCGCCGAAGCCAAUCAACAGCCCUCCACUUCGUCAAAAACUAUGGAUCAGAACAAAAACCGCGAUGCCGAGGUUAACCUCUACGCAACGAGCGGUCAGUCCUUGCCCUCUUACGCCAAACCUGUGGUCAAAAAGUGA